UCUGGCUUGGGGAUCCUUUCGCCUCGGGGCCGGCUGCAAAAGCGGAGACGCAGCGAGAAGAUCGGGAGUGCCGCUCCUGCGCGGGAUCGGGAAGCAGGGAACUUGGCGCUUCCGUCUGGAAAGAUCGCUCUCUUAUCCGCUCCGCUCCCGCUCUCCACUUGCUUCCCUGCGCUCCCGCCGCCGCCCGCCGCCGCCGCCAGUGGCUCUAUCUCCGCGUACCACGUUGUCCUCUGGGCUUUCCCGCAGUGGAGCCAGGCGGAUGCCGCCGCAGCAGCAAGAAGGCGAAGCCGGCUAUAUCAGCAAGCCGUUGCCGGGCGGCUGCGAAGUGCCGCCGGUGCCGCCGCGCCGGGUCCGCAGCAGCAGAGCAGCGGCACUAGGAGCCGCCUUGGGCAGCCGCUGUCGUGCUGGCGCCGGCGGCGCCGGCGGAGCUGGAGCCGAACCCCGGCGCAGUAUCAAGUGCGUGCUGGUGGGCGACGGCGCGGUUGGCAAGACCAGCUUGGUAGUGAGCUACACCACCAACGGGUACCCCACGGAGUAUAUCCCCACCGCCUUCGACAAUUUCUCAGCUGUUGUGUCUGUGGAUGGCCGACCGGUGAGGCUCCAGCUCUGUGACACCGCUGGCCAGGAUGAAUUUGACAAGCUCCGGCCCCUGUGCUACACCAACACAGAUAUCUUUUUGCUGUGCUUCAGUGUCGUGAGCCCUUCCUCCUUCCAGAAUGUGAGCGAGAAGUGGGUUCCUGAAAUCCGAUGCCACUGCCCCAAAGCACCCAUUAUUCUUGUCGGGACACAGUCGGACCUGCGGGAGGAUGUCAAAGUCCUCAUUGAGCUAGACAAAUGCAAAGAAAAGCCGGUAGCAGAGGAGGCCGCGAGGCUCUGUGCUGAGGAAAUAAAGGCUGCCUCUUACAUUGAGUGCUCCGCUUUGACUCAGAAAAACCUCAAAGAAGUCUUUGACGCAGCCAUUGUUGCUGGCAUUCAGUACUCGGAUACCCAGCAACAGCCCAAGAAAUCAAAGAGCAGGACUCCAGACAAAAUGAAAAACCUCUCCAAGUCUUGGUGGAAAAAGUAUUGCUGUUUUGUAUAGGUUUUUCCCCCUGCAAAACUGGCAGUCUGAUACUGAGAUGGUUGGCAGCUAUAUUAGCUAGAAACCUCUCUACUCCAGAGUGCGUAGACUGGAUUCCACAACUGCACAUGCUGCUAAAGCCAUCUGUUUUUGUUGGAGAUGGGGAGGGUGGGAGGAAAGUGAGGCAGCCAGUUGGUGCUUGUUGGGAUGGGGGUUUUCACCACUAGGGGCAGAGUUUCUUCUCGUCAAGGACAACUCAAAGGAAUUGACUAAGCAGAAGUGGGAGGAGCCAAACGAGAGAUCUCUUCUAAGAAGGUGACCUGGAAACAGUAAAAGGACUGUAGGAUGAUGGGUUCUGCUGGUAGAUAGUGGGAAAUGUGUGCCUCUUUUGAUACUUGCUUUUAAAAGGUGCCCUCUGCCCGUGCAAACAAGCAAUUUCAAUCUUGUGGUCUUCCAAAAUGAUACAGUGCAUUCCAGAAACAUCUGUAGUAUUGCUGAAUUAGCAGAAUCUGCACAUAAGGCCUUUUUUAAAGGUGACAUGCCUACUCAAUGCACACUUUAGGGGUAUCCUGAUAUGUUGAGCUGCUUACAUAACUUCAUCUUCUUUGUAGACCCCCAGCUUAAACAUUCCUGUUAUGCGGUACGAUGCAUAUUACUUGUGACUUAUGUACAUCUUUUUCUCCUCCCCUUCACCGGUAAGAGAUGCACCAGAUUUCUGCAAAAUGCACAAAAUAUACAUGUUUGGUCAUUUGAGUCGCCUUACUCCAACCUGGUGUCCAUCAGCCUCAGCCAACAUGACCAGUGCUUGGGGUUGAUUGGAGCUAUAGUCCAAAACUGCUGUAGGGUACCAGGUUGGAGGAGACAGGUCUCAAUCCAUGUGAUCAACUUUUCCAUACAAUUUAUGUCAGUGUUCCUCACAUGGUCUGGUACUACACAAUUAUGCAUCUAAAAAAGGGCCAUCUUACUGCACUGAUGCACUCCCCAUCAGCGUUGUAACCCAUCCCCAGACGCCAGUAGAUGGACAGUCUAUAAAAGCUAUAAAUAAAAUACCCGUCAAGGUUUGGCAAGGUGACAUGUGAAAAGGGGAUCACUCAUAAGCAUCUGUUAAUGCAUCCACUGAAAUCAAUGGAUGGAAGUUUCUUCCAAGUAAAUGCCCAUGGUCUGGGGGUGGGGGUCUAAUUGAAUUGUCUCCAUUUCAAAACAUGGCAAAUGCUCUUCCACUAAUUCUCAUGCAGCAAUUUAAAUGUUAAAAAGUGAUAACAAAUGCAGAUUACCAGUGGUAAUAACUACCUGGACCACAUGCCUUCUAUGGGCUUUCCAUAAUAGUCUUCCAUCUUGUUUUGAACAAAGUGAUCGCUGGCCAACAUGCAACAUAUUUUGGUGAUCUGAAUCACGUCUGAGGCCUUUCAAAGAAAAAAUAGGUACAUUUUAACUAAGUGACCUCUUUUUCAGUUAAACUGAGAUAGAUCUGAAACACUGAAGAAUAUUGUCUACUCAGAUGUCUACCUAUGUGGGUUCCUCCUCUAAUUAAGUACUCAUAAUUCUGACUCAGCAUAAUUGUGUACACAAGUAGACAAUAAUGGGGCUAUUUUAGUAACUUGAUUUUUGCAAUGUGAGUGCAGAAGCCUUAAAUUAUUGUCUCCCUUUCUAUACUGUCUUAUUCCGAAGUACUGCCCUCAUCUUUAAAGUGUCCUUCUCAUUUAUUCCAUGAUUAUCUUAUACUGAAACUUGGGCUCGGUUUAGCCAGAAUGAGCAGCUGUGGUUUCCAGUAAGCAAUCUGGCCUAUGUGUUCCACCUCCAUUCUCCUUUCAUGUGUGCAAAGGAGAUCAGAAGCGCUCACUUCUGUUUUUCAACUAACCCCCGUUUCCUGUUGAUAACUGGGAGAAAUGUGGUUUGUUUAAACUAUGAUUAGAAUAAGCCAGAAUCAAGCCAUAGGAGCAGAUUUAGUCUUGUUCUUACUAACUAUAGUUUAAACAAAUAACAAUUCUCUGGCUUUCGAUAUGGUAGAAAACUGGUUAGUUUUAAAAAAAGAAGGCAGAUGUUUCUAUUCUCCCCAUCCAGCUGCAUGCAAAAAGAGAACGAAAACUUGGUGAGCCUAAAGUUCACCGUGACUCUUCCUUGUAGCAGGACAAAAUGAUUUUGUGUUAAGUUUGAAUUGAUUCCACAUGUUUUUUGAGCUCUUCUCAAAUGCAACCCCUAUGAACAAAAUUGUAGAUUUUCCAUUUAUUACCUUGGAUCUUGUCUACAAAAAAAUUCCAUGGAAUGCUGGAUUGGAAUAAUUCCAGGUAUCUGGUUGCCCAGUUGCUUAGAAAUUGAUAACAGAAUCUCAGAAUGCGCUUUUUUUGCUUUUAAUCAGCUUUGGGUGGAGUUGCUGCCUAAAAAAAUGUUGAUGGCGCUUAAUACUUUUUAGCCCUGUUGGAAAGUAUGUUGAUAGUAGCUUUAACCUGACCUGCCCUUUUCCUGCCCAUCCCACUAAAAUAGAAAUAUUAAAUUUUAUUUUUAUUGCAUACAGUAUAUGUAUUAUUUACACAUGUCAUUAAUAAAUAAUAAAACAACC